AUGCAUCACCCGAUCCAGAUGAAGCCGGCAGACAGUGAAAAAAGCAACGUAGAGGACAGAAAACUUUUUAUUGGAAUGAUCUCCAAGAAGUGCAAUGAAAACGACAUCCGACUGAUGUUCUCUCCAUAUGGCCAGAUAGAAGAAUGUCGGAUACUUCGAGGCCCUAAUGGACUCAGCCGUGGAUGCGCAUUUGUAACAUUUACAGGUCGACAAAUGGCCCAGUCUGCUAUCAAGUCAAUGCACCAGUCACAGACUCUGGAGGGCUGUUCAUCACCCAUUGUAGUGAAAUUUGCAGAUACUCAGAAGGACAAAGAGCAGAAACGCCUGGCUCAACAGCUGCAGCAGCAGAUGCAGCAACUCAGUGCCACUUCCAUGUGGGGAAAUUUAUCUGGUUUCCACAAUCUUGGACCACAGUUCCUUGCACUCUACUUACAGUUGUUGCAGCAGUCUACCUUCACAGGAAAUGCACUCAGCAAUUUACACCAAGUUUCAGGUCUGAAUUCCAUGCAGAAUCUGGCAGCUUUAGCUGCUGCAGCAACAGAUACACAGGGCACAACUUCAACUUCCAACAUCAUGACGACAUCUAGUAGUCCAUUAAGUGCUCUAGCCGGCUCAGGCAUGGCAACAAUAAAUGGCAACUUUUCUUCUGGUGGCUUGUCUCAUGGCUCAGGUAAUACAGUGGAGGCACUGAGCCAAGCCUACUCAGGUAUUCAGCAGUAUGCAGCUGCUGCCCUACCCAACUUCUAUAAUCAGAGCCUGCUAUCCCAGCAAAAUGUGUCAGCUGCUGGAAGCCAAAAAGAAGGCCCAGAGGGAGCAAACCUUUUCAUUUAUCACCUGCCUCAGGAGUUUGGAGACCAGGAUCUGCUGCAGAUGUUUUUACCUUUUGGAAACGUGAUCUCAGCAAAGAUUUUCAUUGACAAACAGACCAACCUUAGCAAAUGUUUUGGUGAGUCUAUGUAAACUCCUGAUUGCAUAACAAAUUACAUGUUUUCCUGUGGAAGCGCCCAUCUUGAAGAAGCUGUGCCUGUGGUGUCAUUUUGGAGUUACAUUUUAAAGGUAAACAAUCACAAAAUUACAAAACAAAACUUCUGAAUUCAAAGAAAAUUACUAGAGCCAGAGCCUCAUAUGGGCUCUCUCCCAGAUGAGCUCAUUAUACAAGCUACUUUUUCCACAUUUGU